CACUGUAAACCCCACAUGACUAAAUUUGUCUUUUUACUGGGAUUCAAUUCAUGUGCCUAUCAUACUUAUCUGUUAGCGUGAGUUGACCCUCUCUUAAUUUUCUAUCUACUGUGCGUCAAUUUUAGGCCAUCUUUCUACCGUGUACUAAUGACUCAUGGGAUUUUGGUCGCACUUCCAUCAAAACUCCUCAGAGGGAAGUGCCGCCCCUUGGAGCAGCUAGAAGCAUACUUUCCAACAAAAGCUAUGGUUCUGGCCAUAUAGUGCCUCUUCUAGUUCACAAGGUUACAUAUAAUAUUAAGAUUUUUAAAUGACUCAUGGGAUUAAUAAAUCCACCUUGUACAACCAGUACAGCAAUUACACAUGUUGAAGCAAAUGUAAGACAAUGAGGAGCACCUGUGUGCAAAACUAUUUGGUCACAUGACGGUGGGAUUCAAAAAUUCAAGUACUGAGCAUGUGCAUUUUGUAUAAAUUUAGUUUUUUAGUCAAAGUAGUCAUUACAUAGAAAAAUGGGGCCCAAAAUCUACAACUGGUACGUACAUUUGCUGGUCAAAUCUAUAUGAUACGAUAGUACCAUCAGUGCCAGAUCCUUUGCCCCCAGCCUAAGCCAUAGGUGCAAGGAAUAUGAAUGCCCAGACCAUUGCUACAUUGAAUUGGCCCAGGCUUGUUAUGGUGAACUUCCCCCAAGAGAAGCCCUGCUUAUGCCCUGGAAUGAAGUAUGCAUUGAUCUGAUAGGCCCUUGGAAGAUUAUCCUACUGGAUGAAACUGAGCUAACAAUCAAUGCACUCAUGUGCAGCGAUCCAGUCAUCGACCUUUUUGAGAUCAUUGGAAUCAACAACAAGAACAGUGAACAUCUGGCUGAACAAUUUGCAAACUGCUGGCUAGCACAAUACCCAAGAUCAAACAAGUGCAUUCACAACAAAGGCGGCAAGUUUAUUAAUUCUGGAUUCAAGGGUUUACUGAACCAAUUUGGAGUACACAGUGUUCACAUUACUGUCAAGAACCCACAGACUAAUCCAGUAUGUGAAAGAGUGCAUCAGACUAUUGCCAAUGUUCUCAGAACCACGUUGCACACCAGCAGACCAAAUGAUGACUCUGAAUUUGAUGCUGAGCAAUCAAUCAACAACAUCCUGGCCUCUGCAAUGCAUGCCACCAGAUGUGCUGUGAGCGCAUCACUACAUACUUUCCCUAGUGUCAUGGUCUUCAACAAAGACAUGGUUAUGGAUGUUCCUCUCAUAGCAGACCUAAUUGCCAUCAGGGAUAGGAGACAACAUCUAACUGAUUUGGGCAGCAAGCCUACAUGAAAUUCUAUGAACCAGACAACAAAGCUCUCACAGAGACUUCAUGGACCUUAUCCCAUACUAGUGGAAGUAAAUACCAUUAGAACAGUGAUGCUGCAGAGGAGCCACAAUGUUCCUGAGAAAGUGAACUUGGGGAAGCUAGUUCCUUACAAGGGUUAGGUCAAUGACACCUUAAAUGAGCCAGUCACUGCAGAAGAACCAGAGAUCCCAUGGCACAAGAUGUGAUGGCUACAGUUUAGAAAUGCUAAGUAGCAUCCUCUCUGUUAGGGAUAAUGCAACAAGUACCACAAUGCAAGAGGGUCAGUUGCAAAUCCCCAGGCGUGGACCCACAUACCUACUACAUACCUACCUGCCUACAUGUAUACCAUGAUACCUAGUAAAUGAGGUAAGAGACUACCAAGCACCAGGAGUUUGUUUGCCCGUGACAUGAAGUUUCACUAGAUCAGAAUCCUAAGAACCCCUGUGGAUUCUGUACUUGAAUCCAAAGGGACAGUAUGUGUCUAAAGUGCUCAACAUCUCCCAAGAAAUUCAAUGACACUUUGAAGAUCAUACUUCAUUUUGAAUGCACUUUCAAAUACACAUUAUUUUGUGCAAUCAAUUUUGCUGCAACAAUAGUAGUACUAGUACCAGAUCUCCAAUCUCUACCAACCAGCAAGCUUGUUGUUCCUUUGGGUCACUUGAUCAAUUGCUACUAUGAGGACUAGUAAGAGAGUCAAAUACAGUUGUUGAGGACAAACUUCUUUCUACAAAGGUUCUUCUUCCUUGUAACCACUGCUCUGCUACUCUAGUAGUAUUAUUGUUUCCUGCUUUUCAUCACAUCUGGUGAACAGUUGUUCAUCAGCAUUUAAGGAGGAAGGAAACUAUGUUUUUUGUUCUCAACUAUCUCUGUCUACAACUUAUUUCAACUUGAAAGUGGAUCUCUCAUCAUUUUUCUUAAAUCCAACAGACCUGCUACUAGUAAGGAGCACACCCAUAAUCCAUUCAAAAAGUCGUUAUCUUAUCAUUUGAUUUCAUUUCCCAAAAGAUUUGACUAUAAUGAAUUUUUCAAGUGCUCACACACAACGCACCAGUGGUUUAGUGGUAAAAUCCAACGUUGCCAUCGUUGGGCCCCGUGUUCGAUUCACGGCUGGUGCAUCUUCCAUUUUGCACUUCAAAUCUUUUGUUUAGCGGCGCAUUCCACGUUCGAUCUACUCCCAGCUCCACAAGGAUCUUUGAUCUCUCACUGAUCAUUUUCGGAACGAUCGAUGAUCUCACCACAUCGACAGCGGUUGUUGCUGCUGUGGUUGCAGUUUACAUUCAAUCAUCUUGUACCUGAAACCACAGCAUGAAGCGGAACAGUCGAAGUCGACGAUGGUUCGAAGCCACGGUGGGUUCCCAUUUGUUAAAAAAGGCGAUGGAGCUGGGCCAAAAACACGGAAAACUCGUUGGUCCCAAGAGCGUGUUUCUCCCUAAAUGCGGCAUUCGUAUGCGUUACUACGAGCGAGAAGCACAACCAAUAGCGGACGAUCAGCACCAACCUCAGCACUUACCAACCCUUUUGUUUUGUCACGGGAUAUCCGAAGAGGCUCGGGGAUUCGGUAUGCUGAUUUCGGCCAUGAAGAUUCCACCCCACAUCCGCAUCCUGUGUCCGGAACAAAUUGGCCACGGAGAAGACCUCAAAGCCGCCCUCGACGGCAACCCGAGCAACCAAUUCUACUACAAGGAGGCCGGCCGAGAAACCGCCAACACGAUGCUAGAAUCGACGUCGGAAUUCCUGGACGUGGUCCAAGCCGGUCCAAACUGCAAUGCCUUUGGGAUUUCCCUCGGCGGUGCACUGGUGUAUAGCCUUCGGUACAAACGGCCCGAAAUCAUUAAAAAAACCGUGCUGGUGUGCCCGGCCAUUGGAUUUUGUUUGGACGAUGCCUUUGUCGACAGCAUAGUGAAAGGAACCAACAACUUUGUUGAUUUUCAGAGCCGAGACGACGUCAAGUUUUUGUUCCGUGACCUCCUUUCGACGGGUCCCUACGAGGACACAGACGCAACCAAUCCCGCAGCACCGGCACCAGCAGCGACAACAGCCACGAAGCAACGGAGAAAGAAAUACCCAAUUCCACCGUUCUUCAUGGAAGCUAUUUACAGGCAAUCUCAAAAGACAACACCAGAAGGCCACUAUAGAAAAAUGAUGCUGGCGUUGCUCGAGACCACCGGCAGGGUGAACAACUGCAACGACGAGGAUUUUUUUGGGGAUGGCAACGAAUGCAACAAACGCGACGACGACAAUGCCCGCAUUUUCAGGGCCACGUCCGAUGUGGAUCCAAAGAGCCCCCGCCUCUUGCUCUGGCCCGAGAACGACCAGAUCUCCAAUUGUGCCAAGGGCAUGUUGUAUUUCGAGCACUCGAUCGUGCCAUCGUCUUCGAGCGGUGCAGAUACGGGGACCAUCUUCGAAACGAUCCCCGAUUGCGGCCACUGCUUUACCGGAGACGGAAGAAUGAUAUACGACGUCAUCAGACCAAGAGUGAAAGAAUACCUUCUAGACUUUCACACGCACUAAAAUCAAUUCUAAGUGUUGUU